CCUCUACCACAGCUAUAGUGGAUGGCUGGAUUGACGAGCCCGAUGGGCGUGGCACCUGGUCCAUUCUCUCGAGCUGUCUACUGACUAUUGUACUAUGUUGCUGGACGGCUGUCAUGCCCAACAUCCCUGCCCGCUCCGACCGAUGGUAUCAUGGCCUACGCGACCGACUGCAUUUGGCCUCUCUGGGACUUUUGGGCCCCGAAUUUCUGCUUAUGCUGGCGCUAGGGCAGUGGUCCUCGGCGCGAGCGUCUGUCAAGGGAUUCGAGCGACUAUUGACGACGAAGACCACCAAGCGUCCCCGUUGGACUUUAACUCAUGCCUUCUAUGCGGAUAUGGGGGGUUUCUUGGUCGAUGGCCCGGGAAUCGAUAAGCCAUUCCCAGUAAACGCGAAGCAGCUUCAAUUCCUCAUUGAGAAGGGCUACGUCGAUUACCCUAUGAUAGGUGAAGACGACAUCAACGAUCGGAAUAAAUCUGACGCCUUCUCUCGUGUGAUCGCGGUAUGCCAGGCACUGUGGUUGCUCGUCAACUGUGCCAUGCGUGUAGCUCAGGGACUGGCCCUGACGACCUUGGAGCUCACUACUAUCUCAUUUGUAGUGGUAUUUCUUGUGACGUCUUUCUGCUGGCGCUUCAAGCCAUCAGACAUUUCGAGUACCCUGACUCUACGUGCAAAUACCGAUAUCACUAUCAUUCGGAAACAGCAUUGCCCAUAUCCUUCGCGAGAAUGGCACGAGACUCCCCUGGACUUUGUGUCAGACGAUGUCUCCUUUUGCGCAGUGCACUGGCAUUACUACACAGAAAUCCUGCGGAAAAUGCAUAUUCCGAUGUUUUCACGUCCAAUGACAGUAAAGCCACGCGAUCGCAUUGUCAGUGACAACUUUCCCGUCACCGACCUGAAGGCCGAUUGCAUUGCCACCCCAGUGCUGCUUGUAUUCGGCUCAAUGUUCAUGCUUGCCUGGAAUUUCCACUUUCCUUCCCCCGUCGAACAUCUUUUGUGGCGUAUCGCCAGUAUAUACAACCUGGUAUUCACCGUCAUUGGUGGACUGCAUGCUGGUUAUUGCGACAAAAUCCUGUUGCCCAGGGAGUAUAAGCGGCGACUGGUUCUUCCCUUGUCGAGACUGAAGACCUCGACUAACCCAUCCCGGCAGCGGUCGUGUCUGCGAAACCUAGCAGCCAAGUUGAGAAACAUCGAUCCGUAUCGCAAUCCCAAGAGGGAAGUCCCUCUUCGCGUGCUAUUUCCUACUUCUGUUCUUUGUGCAGCCUAUUGCGUGGGUCGAGCGUACGUUCUUACGGAGGACUUUAUCGGACUGCGCAGUUUGCCUGCCAGUGCCUUUCAGACGGUUAGCUGGUCAGACUACGUCCCACAUCUGUAGGCAGAGCGCGGUGCAGCGG